CCGGCAACAACACUUGAUGUCAUAUGUACAGUCGCAUACAUACGAGUCACUCCCACACGCACGUCCACAUCACGUAGGCAUCCAGUUGGAUAGCCCUUUGUUUAGAUAGCCACACGAAGGCGCGGGCACACAGUCACAGACACACACACGAAGACCUCUCACCUUCCUUGCUCAUAAUCAACAACACGAAGAGCAGGAAGGAGCGUAUCGACAAAACGACGGCCGCAGGAGCGUAUCGACAAAACGACGGCCGGCACACACGUCAAAGACUUUCACACCUCUCUCGUCGUCUCUAUCUAUCUUCCUCAGACAGACAAGACACAACACGACGAAAAACUUGUCUAUCGCAUCGGGGCAUCAUCGCACGCCAGUCGCCCUCCCUGUCCUCUCCUGUCCUCCAUAUGCCGCGUCGUCGUUGGGUCGGCUCUGUCGUCAUCUCCUAGACUUGUUUGCGCCGAGGAUGUCUUUGCCCGAGGUGGGCUUCGGUAUGAAUUUUGGGGGUCGGGGCCGCUUGAUAGGCACAGCCGGGCGAGUGUUGCGCGGAUCUGACAAACACACACAGACGAUAGAAGCCAUCGGCUUGUGCGUGCGCCCCUCCCUCCCUCCGUCCCUCUCCCCGGAUUGCGUACAGCAGGUGAAUACUCCUCGUGUGCUCCACUUGCACUCGCCCGAGCAGCACUGUGAGGUGAGUUCGCAUCGGCCCCCGGUGGCAGUGCAGGCCGGGUUGCGCGGGUCAGGGACGUCCCGCGGCAAGGUAGGGGACGGAGGGGCAGCGGGGCUGUCGCCGCUGUCGGAACCUGCACACACAUACACACACACACACACACACAAGUGCAACCAAGACUGCAGUGGCCACACGUGUGGCGGGGUGGGCCGGACAGGCGGUACAUUGCUGCCUUGGUGUUGGCGCACCUUCAGGGCAGAGGAGGCAUGACGACGCAAGGCAGCUCUGUGUGCCGCUGGUGCAGUACUCGACGACACCUGCGAUCACCAAACGGACAGGCACAGUCACAGUCAGCGGACCUGCGGCGGUCACCGUUGUGUGUACCUGAGCAGAGUCGGCCUGUUUUGCACUUGCAGGCCGCCUCGGAAUUGGUGCACGUCUGCUGCGCCUGGGCCACCAGCACCCAAGCUGAAGUGGCGAGGACCAGAAGCAGGAAGGCCUUGCCAGUCACCAUCUUGGCCCUGCGGACGAAGGGACGGCUGGACGGAACAAGGGCAGCACGGAGGGGCCGGG